GCGGGCCGGGAGUUGUAGUCCGCAGCGGCCCGCGGCCGGGUGUGCACGUCAUGGCCGCCGGCACCGCAGUCCCGCACUCUUCCGCUCGGCCCCAGAAAGUUUCAGUUCUGCCCCGCGGUGGACUCACGAGCGCGUGCCAGCAUGGAGUCUGAUCACUGACGACUGGUGUCCCGGAGGGCCGAAUCCUCAGCUGUCCCCCAGACCCGGGCAGGAGGCACGCGGCGGGAGCUCGGCCUCGCCAUGGCGUCCCCCGGUGCAGAAAGCCAGCUGCAGAGGAUCAUCCGCGAUCUGCAAGAUGCCGUGACGGAACUCAGUAACGAGUUUAAGGAGGCAGGGGAGCCCAUCACAGACGACAGCACCAGCCUGCACAAGUUCUCCUAUAAGCUGGAGUACCUCCUGCAAUUCGAUCAGAAGGAGAAGGCCACCCUCCUGGGCAACAAGAAGGACUACUGGGAUUACUUCUGCGCAUGCCUGGCCAAGGUGAAAGGUGCCAACGACGGGAUCCGGUUCGUCAAGUCCAUCUCAGAGCUCCGAACAUCCCUGGGGAAAGGGAGAGCAUUUAUUCGCUACUCUUUGGUGCACCAGAGGUUGGCAGACACCCUGCAGCAGUGCCUCAUGAACACCAGAGUGACCAGUGACUGGUACUACGCAAGAAGCCCCUUUCUGAAGCCGAAGCUGAGCUCCGACAUCGUCGGCCACCUCUACGAGCUGACCGAGGUCCAGUUCGACCUGGCAUCGAGGGGCUACGACCUGGAUGCCGCCUGGCCCACGUUCGCCAGGAGGACACUGGCCCCAGGCUCCUCCGCCUCCCUCUGGAAGCCGCCCAGCCGCAGCUCCAGCAUGAGCAGUCUGGUGAGCAGCUACCUGCAGACUCAGGACGUGGCCUCCAGCUACGACCUGAACAGUCCCCUAAACAAUGAGGGGCUGGAGGGCUUCGACGAGAUGCGGCUGGAGCUGGACCAGCUGGAGGUGCGGGAGAAGCAGCUGCAGGAGCGCGUGCAGCAGCUGGACAGGGAGAACCAGGAGCUGAGGGCGGCCGUCAGCCUGCAGGGCCAGCAGCUGCAGCUGGAGAGGGAGCGGGGGCGCGCCGCGGUGGAGGACAGCGAGCGCCUCGCCCGCACGGUGGCCGAGCUCCAGAAGCAGUGGGAUGUCACCCAAGCCACCCAGAGCACCCUGAAGGAGCUGCAGGUGUGUCUGCAGGCCCUGGAGCUGGGGGCAGCAGAGAAGCAGGAGGACUGCCAUUCGACUCUGCGGCGUCUGGAGGCCAUGCUGCAGCCCCUGGCGCAGGAGCUCAAGUCUGCACAGGACUCUGCUGGCAGGAAGGACCAGCACGUAGCCAGUGCCCCGGGUGGGCUGGCCGUGGCUGAGCAGAGGGCGGACAUGGCUCAGGACACACAGGGGCAGCAAGGGUCCAUCCCCAGUGACUCGGCCCUGGAGAUACAGGAGCUGAGGGAGAAGCUCCGAGCCCUGGAAGGGGAGAGCAGCAAGGUCCAGGAGCUCCACAGGCAGCAGAGCGCCCAGCUGGAGCAGCUGGCCAGGGAGCUGCAGCUGAAGGAGGAGGCCCGGGCCAGCCUGGAGAGCCUGGUGAAGGAGGUGGCCCCACUCCGCGAGGAGCUGUCUGGAAAGGGACAGGAGGCAGCCCUUCUCCGACGACAGCUGCAGGAGGCACUGGCUCACAUGGGCUCACUGGAGGAGGAGCUGGCAGAGGUGAGGCAGAAGGAACAGCGGCAGCGGGAGGAGAAGGUGCUCCUGGAGCAGGAAGCCCGGUCCCUGACCUGGCAGCUGCAGCACCUGGAGACAAAGCUGUCACAGGUGAGCCAGCAUGUGGGUGACCUGGAGGAGCAGAAGAAGCAGCUCAUCCAGGACAGAGACCGCCUUGCCCAGAAGGUGGGGGCACUGGAGCAGCUUGCUGGGCAGCCGGGUGCAGAGCUGCCUGCGGUGGGCGAGAGGAGUGAGGCCCCGGCCCCCUUGGACUCCGCCCUGCCACAGUCUUAUGAGAAGCCAGAGGAGGAGCAGCAGGCCCUGCAGGAGGGACAGGUGGACAGUACUAAGGCUCCCGGGGGCGACCAGGAGGAGGAGCUGCGGCAGGCCAACAGGGAGCUGGAGAAGGAGCUGCAGAACGUGGUGGGGCGCAACCAGCUCCUGGAGGGCAAGCUGCAGGCACUGCAGGCUGACUACCAGGCACUGCAGCAGCGGGAGGCCUCCAUCCGGGGCUCGCUGGCCUCUCUGGAGGCCGAGCAGGCCAACAUCCGGCAGCUGGGCGAGCAGAUGGAGGCCAGCCUCCUGGCUGUAAAGAAGGCCAAGGAGACCAUGAGGGCCAAGGUGGCUGAGAAGGAGGCUGCCUUGCAGACCAAGGAGGGUGAAUGCCAGCAACUACGGGAGGAGGCGGAGCAGUGCCGGCAGCUGGCAGAGGCCCGGGCUGGGGAGCUCAAGGCUCUUGAGAGCCAGUGCCACCAGCAGAGCCAGCUGAUUGCGGCCCUCACGGAGGCCAAAGGCGCUGUGGAGCACGAUCUGCCCCGCGAUGGCACAGCCUCUGAGCUGGCAGCCCAGCUGGCCCGGUCACAGGCGCAGCUGGAGGUGCACCAGGAGGAGGCCCGGCGGCUGCAGGAGAAGGUGGUGGGCCUCCAGGCUGAGCUCCAGGCGGCCCUGGCUGAGCAGGACAAGGUGCAGAGCCAGCUGAGUGUGGCCGAGGCUGUCCUGAGGGAGCACAGAGCCCUCGUGGAGCAGCUGCAGGAGCAGAACGAGGCCCUCAACAGGGCCCACGUCCAGGAGCUGCUCCAGUGCUCGGAGCGUGAGGGGGCGCUGCAGCAGGAGAGGGCGGGCGAGGCCCAGCGGAACGAGGAGGAGCUGCGGGCCCUGCGGGAGACGCUGUCCCAGGCCACUUGCCACUCCGAGGAGGCCCAGCUGCAGCAUGCCGAGCUGCAGGAGCAGCUGCACCGGGCCAACACCGACACGGCCGAGCUGGGCAUGCCCGACGAGAAGGAUAGUGUGGAGGGGGCACUGGCCCGCGCUGCCCAGGAGCUCCAGGACUACAAGGAAGCUGCCUCCCGGGAGCGCGAGGGCCUGGAGUGCCAGGUGGCAGGGCUGCAGCGUGAGAAGGAGAGCUUGCAGGAGAAGCUGCAGGCGGCUGAGGAAGCAGCUGGCUCGCUGCCUGGCCUGCAGGCCCAGCUGGUCCAGGCCGAGCAGCAGGCCCAGAGCCGCCAGGAGGCUGCACAACAGGAGCGCGACACCCUCAAGUUCCAGCUGAGCGCCGAGAUUAUGGACUCCCAGAGCAAACUGAAGGCUGCCAGCGAGGAGUCCAGCCGCCUCAGGGGCCAGCUCGAGGAGCAGGGCCGGCAGCUGCGUGCCAGUGAGGAGGCUGCAGAGAAGCUGAAGGCCGCCCAGGCAGAGAUGGCCGAGAAGCUGAGCUGCACUAGCAGUCGUCUUGCAGAGUGCCAGGCCGCUGUGCUGAAGAAGGACCAGGAGGUGACCGCUCUGCGCGAAAACCUGGAAAGGACACAGAAGGAGCUAGAAAAAGCCACAACAGAAACCCGAGAGUACUACAGCAAACUCUGCCAGGAGGUGACGAACCGGGAGAAGAGUGACCAGAAAAUGCUCGCUGACCUGGACGACCUGAACAGGACCAAGAAGUACCUGGAGGAGCGCCUGAUCGAGCUGCUCAGGGACAAGGAUGCGCUCUGGCAGAAGUCGGACGCCCUGGAGUUCCAGCAGAAGCUCAGUGCCGAGGAGAGGUGGCUUGGGGACGCUGAGGCGAGCCACUGCCUGGACUGCAAGCGCGAGUUCAGCUGGAUGCUGCGGCGGCACCACUGCAGGAUCUGUGGCCGCACCUUCUGUUACUACUGCUGCAACAACUACGUCCUCAGCCAGCACAGCGGCAAGAAGGAGCGCUGCUGCCGCGCCUGCUUCCGGAAGCUCAGCCAAGGCCCAGGCUCCCCGGGCAGUGCCGGCUCCGGCAGCCAGGGAGAGCCCAGCCCCACCGCGUCUCCAGCCCCAGGAGGGCAAGGGGCAAACGCAGACUGCAGACCACCAGACGACGCCGUGUUUGACAUCAUCACAGAUGAGGAGCUGUGUCAGAUACAGGAGUCUGGCUCCUCCUGGCCGGAGACACCCACCGAAACCGAUUCUCUUGACCCGACCAUGGCCGAACAGGACACUACGUCAAACUCACUAACCCCCGAGGACACCGAAGACGGGCCCGUGGGACAGGAUGCUGAAAUCUGCUUGCUGAAGUCCGGAGAGCUGAUGAUCAAGCUGCCGCUCACAGUGGACGAGGUGGCCGGCUUCGGGGAGGGCAACCGGGAGCUGUUCGUGCGCUCCAGCACCUACAGCCUGAUCGCCGUCACCGUGGCCGAGGCCGGCCUCACCAUCGGCUGGGUCUUCUCCUCCGACCCCAAGAGCAUCUCCUUCAGCGUGGUCUUCCGGGAGGCCGAGGACACGCCGCUGGAGCAGUGUAAGGUCCUCAUCCCCAUGACCCGCUGCAACUCCCACCGGGAGAGCAUCCGGGGCCAGCUCAAGGUCCGCACGCCUGGCGUCUACAUGCUCAUCUUCGACAACACCUUCUCCAGGUUUGUCUCCAAGAAAGUGCUUUAUCACCUGACAGUGGACCGGCCUGUGGUCUACGACGGGAGCGACUUCCCGUAGCUCUGAGUGCCGGGUUCAGCCGUCUCCCCCCGCCUGUAGGCAAUGCUGCCCGCCCUCGCCGCUGCACGGGGCACUAAGAACAGAACAGAAAACAAAAACAAAGCCGGGGCAGCUGCUCCCAGCUCGGGCUCCCUGCAGCCCACAGGCGAGGCCCAGGGCUGGGGCUCAGAGGCCAGGG